CUUGGGCUUUCUUCCUUUGAUUCAGAGGCUGUUGGACCAAAGUCCUGUGGAAAUUGCAUGGUUAGAGGACACGAAGCCAGGCAGCUUUUGCUCCCACCUCCCUUCUGCAGUCAUCUUUACUGCUUAAGACACAAGGAGAAAUGUAACAGAGAGCAGCCCUGGGAAUUCACGUUUCUUGCAGAAGCUCUGUGGACCCACCCCUAUAGCUGAACAGGUAACUUGGACCACAUUCAGGCUGUGGGUGGCUGAUGAGUUUGCACACUUCAUACUGAGUGCUCACAGAGAACACUAUCAGCAGAGGGAAUGUUCAACUACCUCCGGAAACGCUUUACCAGCCGCAUCAGAGAACGAAGCCGGCGGAGGGCAAGGCUCGUCUCUAAAGAUGGAAGGUGUAACAUAGAGUUUGGCAAUGUAGAACAGUCAAGGUUUGUCUUUUUGAUUGAUAUAUGGACAACUAUCCUGGAUCUCAAAUGGAGAUACAAAAUGACUAUCUUCAUUUCAGCAUUCUUAGGCAGCUGGUUUCUAUUUGGUCUCCUCUGGUAUGUUGUGGCAUACAUACACAAAGAUCUUCCAGAAUUCAAUCCUUCCAUAAAUCACACCCCCUGUGUUGAGAAUAUCAAUGGCCUGACUUCAGCUUUCCUGUUCUCCUUGGAGACCCAGGUAACCAUCGGCUAUGGCUUCAGAUGUGUCACAGAACAAUGUGCCACUGCCAUUUUCCUGCUCAUCUUCCAGUCUAUCUUGGGGGUAAUCAUCAAUUCGUUUAUGUGUGGUGCCAUCUUGGCCAAGAUAUCAAGGUCCAAAAACCGGGCUAAGACUAUCACCUUCAGCAAGAAUGCUGUCAUCAGCAAACGUGGUGGGAAGCUCUGCCUCCUUAUUCGGGUGGCAAACCUCAGGAAGAGUCUGCUGAUCGGGAGUCACAUCUAUGGAAAACUUCUGAAGACCACCAUCACUCCAGAAGGAGAGACAAUCAUUUUGGACCAGGUCAACAUAGAAUUUGUAGUUGAUGCUGGCAAUGAGAAUCUCUUCUUCAUUUCCCCAUUAACUAUUUAUCAUAUCAUAGAUAAGAAUAGCCCAUUCUUCCACAUGGCAGCAGAAACCAUUCUGCAGCAAGAUUUUGAAUUGGUGGUGUUUUUAGACGGUACUGUUGAAGCCACUAGUGCUACCUGUCAGGUGAGGACAUCCUACAUCCCAGAAGAGGUGCUCUGGGGUUAUCGCUUUGCUCCCAUUGUGUCCAAGACCAAAGAAGGGAAAUACAGAGUAGACUUCCAGAACUUCAGCAAGACAGUGGCUGUGGAGACUCCCCAUUGUGCCUUCUGUCUCUACAAUGAGAAAGAAGCUAAAGCCAAAGAGAAGAAAGGUUAUGACAAUCCUGGUUUUGUCUUGUCAGAAGUUAGUGAAACCAGUGACACAAAAAUGUAGUUCCAGAUAUUCAUGGGACCAUAUCUUUUCUCAUAAUGAAUUCAAUCUUGAGAGGAUUAAUAAUUUAGUAAAACAAAACAGAAACACAAGUUUGUUUUUACUCUAAAACAGCAUUUAUCUUCUCAAAAGCCUCAAAUCAAAGAGGAACAGAAUGCAAAUACCAGUGAUCUCCAGAACACUAUUUAACUACACUAUAUAUAUUUCAUAGAAUUUCUAUUUCAUAGAAUUUAUAUUUUUAUACCUAUGGGACAUUUUAUGAAGCUGCUAUGUUGGAACGUCCAACUGACUUAAGUUCCCAGAGGCAUGCAAGUCUGAAAAAAACAAAAAGAAUGGGAUAAAAACAUGAAAAGAGGAGACAGAAGACAAAGCUAAAAAACCCUAAGGUACUUAGGAGCCAAAACCUCAGAAAAAGUAUGUUUCUGGUGCCAAAGUCCUCUAUGAAAGCAGACUCUCUAGCUCCAGAACACUUGAGCACUUUUGAACAUUUUGAAACAAUUCCUUCUUUCUUUGCGGUUGGUACAUCUACAGAAAUGGAGCAUUAAGGUAUGGUACAUGCUUAGGAAGCUAGAAAAGACAAAGCUUGGGGCCAUCCUGCUGCAUCUAGAACUCUGUAAAAUGCAACUUCUCUCCUGUGAAAGCUUUUGAUUCCUUUCAGGGACAAAUAGCCAAAUGGAAAUGAAAAGUGAAAAAAAAAAAAACCACAGAGAAACAGAGACCCACUAUGGGAGAAGAGGAAUUUUGAGCUUAUUCCUAACUGUCUCAUCCUUCAGAUACUCUUCUCUCCACUUCCCCGGGAGCCGGCUAACUGUGAAAUUAGGAAACAUCUGAAGACAACUGUCCAGAAAGAAGGUAAGCCACAGUGGGGAGAUGAAGAACACAUUGAUUGCUUCACACCUGGCAGACAAGCAAUCCAGUGGGAGAAAAGAGGAAAUUCCCAGCUCUAGAUGUAUCCUUCAACAAAAUCCACAAUGCAAACAGAGAUUAUCUUUUCCUUUGAAGCACAAAGGUCUUGUUAAAACAAAAACAUAGCAUAGGAGCCUCCCACCAACAGUGGGCUUCAGAUUUAGUUCCAAACCGUUCAUCUCAUCACAGCAAAACGUUCAUCCCUACAGGAAACAAGUUCUGCUCGGUGGUAGUGAAGUAGUAGUGAACAUUUUCCGGGUAUGAUUUUUGACAUUUAAGUUUCAAAUGCAAUAAGAAGUGUCAAUAACUUUGGUGAAUUUCCACUUCCUCACACUUUUUUUUUUUUUCCCCAGCUACUUCUUUUGCUGAGAGUUCAAGUAGCAGAGUUCAAGUGGCAGACCAAAGAGAGAGGUUUUUUUGGGAACUCUUCCCAGUGAUGUAAUUCAGCUCAUUUAUUUUCAACACUGUGAUAAAAUGGAAGCAUCUUUUCAAAAGCUGCUGAACUGAGCAGUUUUAAAAGAAGGGGAGAAUUAAGCAGGUCAAAUGAUGACAAGACAAAGUUAUUUUGCAAAGGAACGUAAUGUGAGUAUGGAAAUCAAACUCUGGGAACCAAGAGUGUUCAUGUCUCAGUCCCAGUGUAGUAUCAACUCCUUUGUUGGUUCAGAACAAAUCACUUUAGUACGUGUCUCAGAUUUACCAUCUGUAACACGGGACAAAGUACUUAUGCUGUACAAAGAACAAUGUUAUGAACAAUUAUGUCACUAAAGCACUUUAAAAGCCAAUUCUCAACCGUCUCAAUCUUUCCUCUCUUUAACGCACCAC